GUUGAAACAAGUUUGAGAGAUUUUCAGGGAAGGACUCAAGACGUCCGAAAUCUCAGGGAAGGACUUUCCGGCAGUUAUAAAUACUGUCUUUCUUUUAACCUAAAAAUGCCACCGCCUAUUUUCCUUCCUUUGCUUUCUCUAUUGUCCCUCUUUGAUUUUUAUUUUUUAUCUUUUAUUAUCAAUUACUCCUAUCAAAGUUUAGAUUUAGGUCCUUGUGUUUUGGUUUGUGGGUUGCCUCUAUCUUUCAUUCACCAUGACUAUCCUCAUUGAACAGCCUCAGUUUGAGAUCCAAGCAGAGGAAAAGAAGAUAUACGACAAUGAAAAGGAAUUGGUAUUGGAUGGUGGAUUUGCGGUGCCUGAAACCAAUGCGUUUGGCCAUAACUUUAGGGACUACACUGUAGAAAGUGCAAGGCAAGAAGGGGUAGAAACAUUUUACAAGAUCAAUCACCUAAAUCAGACCUAUGAUUAUGUAAAGAAGAUGAGGGAAAAAUAUGCAAAAUGUGAUAAGGCAGAAAUGAGCAUCUGGGAAUGUUGCGAACUACUCAACGAUGUGGUCGAUGACAGUGACCCUGAUUUGGACGAACCUCAAAUUCAACACUUGUUACAAAGUGCUGAAGCCAUUAGGAAAGACUAUCCUGAUGAAGAUUGGCUCCAUUUGACUGCCCUUAUUCAUGAUCUGGGAAAAGUUCUGCUUCUUCCUAGCUUUGGAGAGCUUCCUCAAUGGGCUGUUGUUGGUGACACAUAUCCUGUUGGCUGUGCUUUCAAUGACUCUAUUGUCCACUCCAAGUAUUUUAAGGAAAAUCCUGACUACAAUAAUCCAGCUUACAACUCCAAAUAUGGAGUUUACUCAGAGGGUUGUGGACUAGACAAGGUUAUGAUGUCAUGGGGACAUGAUGAUUAUAUGUAUUUGGUUGCAAAGGAGAAUGGGACAACAUUGCCAUCAGCUGGUCUUUUCAUCAUUAGAUACCAUUCAUUUUACGCCCUGCAUAGAUCUGGAGCUUACAAGCACCUAAUGAAUGAGGAAGAUAAGGAAAAUCUCAAGUGGCUUCAUAUUUUUAACAAAUACGACUUAUACAGCAAAAGCAAAGUUUUGGUUGACGUGGAAGAGGUCAAGCCUUACUACAUGUCUCUCAUUGAAAAGUAUUUCCCGGCGAAGCUAAAAUGGUGAGGAGCUGAAUUUAUGGAAAAAAACAUAUGGAAGAGCUGACAAAAUUAAUGAGAAAAUACUAAAGAUGUGAUGGUAUAGUAGAGGAGUAACGAGGACUGUAUAACUCUAUCGUUGAGUGGAAUUGUUUGUUUUAUCUAUCUAUCUAUUUAUCUUUCUGUCUUUUUAAAUGUUUUGGGCAGGGUAAAUAUGGUCUGGCUAUGGAAUAAAGUUGUUAUUUAAAUUUUAAUUGUUCUUCGA